CCUCAUCCUCGCAGAAGUUCUCGAACACUCUACGAAGAUGAGAGCUAAGUGGAGAAAGAAGCGCGUUCGUCGUUUGAAGCGUAAGCGCAGAAAGAUGCGUGCUCGCAGGUGAGUCAUCUCAAGAGCUCAGAAAUCAAGCCUCCUGUAAAAUUGGACUAACGAUGUGCACAGCAAAUAAAUGACUCGCCCAAUCCAUCUCAGUUCCCCAUGCGGUGCUCACGUUGAAUGCUGAACAUGACAAAAGUCGACGACGUCACGAUGAUGAUUCCCUGUUAUGAUCGUUUCGUGGUUUGGCCACUCCAACGGGACCUGGCUGGUCUGCUAUUCUCUACAUCCUAUCGAACCCGGAGUCCGUCAUUCAACGAAAAUACAAAUCCAAUCUCUCGGGCUCAUUCAACGGUUUCGAAUUUUGACCAGGCAGGGAUGCGCACUGCGUAUCCUUCGUCUCGGAGGGCGAAUGUGUUUGGUGGGGGUUGGAGGGGUCGUGGAAGAAGUUGAUGGUCACGUUUAUUAUGUACUAUUUGUUUUUAUUCCACUGGCCCUUUGGGUUCCGUGUGGGAUCUGGUCAAUUGCUCUUCUUAGGGCUUGUGCUGUAGCCUACAGUUGCUGUGCAAGUCCUGAGCCAUGGAGAGGUCCUCGAGGAUUUAUUACAAAUUAAAAAGUUUGCAAUGAAAGCAAUGACUGAAAACCACCUGGA